AUGAAUGCUUCGGUGAAAAUGGAUUGUUCUACAGUUGUUGGUUCGUUUGUAUGGGUGGAAGAUCCGGAGGAGGCAUGGAUAGAUGGUGAAGUGAUUGAAGUUAAAGGAGAAGAGAUUAAGGUCCAAUGUACCUCAGGGAAGACGGUUGAUGUCAAAGUUUCGAAUACACAUCCGAAAGAUAUGGAAGUUCCACCUUCUGGAGUGACUGAUAUGACAACUUUAGCGUAUUUACAUGAACCAGGAGUCUUGCAAAAUAUGAAAUCGAGAUAUUAUAUCGAUGAAAUAUAUACUUACACAGGAAAUAUUUUGAUUGCGGUGAAUCCCUUUAAACAACUAGAGCAUCUUUACAAUGACCAAAUGAUUGCACAAUAUAAAGGAAUGGCCUUAGGAGAUAUGCAACCACAUCCGUUUGCAAUUGCGGAUGCAGCUUACAGACAAAUGAUUAAUGAGGGAAUUAGUCAAUCAGUCUUGGUAAGUGGUGAAAGUGGAGCAGGGAAGACUGAGAGUACUAAAUUGCUUAUGAAAUAUCUGGCGAAAAUGGGAGGUCGAGCUGUUUCUGAUAAAAGGACUGUCGAAAAUCAAGUUUUGGAGUCCAAUCCUGUUUUAGAAGCAUUUGGGAAUGCAAAAACCGUCAGGAACAACAAUUCAAGUCGAUUUGGUAAAUUCGUGGAGAUUCAGUUUGAUCAAGGGGGAAAGAUAUCCGGAGCUGCUGUCAGGACUUAUUUGUUAGAGAAAUCACGGGUUUGUCAGGUGUCGGAUGGUGAAAGAAAUUAUCACUGUUUUUACAUGCUUUGUGCUGCACCGUCUGAGGUCAUUAGAAAACUAAAACUAGACGAUCCACGAAAAUUCCAUUAUCUGAAUCAAUCCCGUUGUAUCGAGUUGGAGGGGAUGGAUGAUUUAAAGGAGUAUAGAAAAACUCUAGAAGCAAUGGACAUUGUUGGGAUAAGUUUAGAGGAGCAGGAAGCAAUAUUUCGAGUUGUGGCAGCUAUUCUUCAUCUAGGUAACAUAGAAUUUGCAAAAGGAGAAGAAGCAGACUCGUCAGUUCCAAAAGACGACAACUCUAAGCACUCCCUGAAGAUUGCUGCUGAGCUUUUCAUGUGUGAUGAGAAGGCACUGGAAGAUUCUCUUUGUAAACGCGUUAUGGUGACACCUGAAGAAACUAUUUCCAGAUGUCUUGAUCCAAAAUCGGCGGCACUGAGCAGAGAUGCGUUUGCAAAAUUUGUGUACUCAAGAUUGUUUGAUUGGAUCGUAAACAAGAUCAAUAAUUCAAUUGGGCAAGAUCCUGACUCGAAAAACAUGAUCGGAGUGCUGGAUAUUUAUGGAUUUGAGAGUUUCAAGACAAACAGUUUUGAACAAUUUUGCAUCAAUUUGACAAAUGAGAAACUUCAGCAACAUUUUAAUAAGCACGUCUCGGAAAUGGAACAAGAUGAGUACAGGAAAGAAGAAAUUGACUGGAACCACAUUAACUUCCCAGAUAAUAAAGAAAUUUUGAAACUUAUUGAGAAGAAACCGGGUGGUAUUAUUGCUCUUCUGGAUGAGGCUUGCAUGUUCCCAAGAUCAACACAUGAAACAUUUUCUCAAAAGCUGUACGAAACGUUAAAAAAGAACAAGUGCUUUAGCAAGCCAAAAUUAGCGCGUACUGACUUCACAAUUUGCCACUAUGCUGGUGAUGUCACUUAUCAAACUGAGCAGUUUCUGGAAAAGAACAAAGAUUAUGUUGUUGCUGAGCAUCAGGCUUUGCUAGGUGCUUCUAGUUGCACUUUUAUUGCAGGUUUAUUUCCUCUUCAAAUUGACGACGCUAACAAAAAGUCGAAGUUCUCUUCUGUAGCUUCGCAAUUUAAGCAACAAUUGGCAUCAUUGGUUGAAAGUCUUAGUACUACUGAGCCUCACUAUAUUCGUUGCGUGAAGCCCAAUAAUCUACUGAAGCCUUCUACAUUUGAGAACCAAAAUGUUCUCCAACAGCUACGUUGUGGGGGUGUGAUGGAGACAAUCAGGAUUUCUCGUGCUGGAUAUCCUACACGUAAACAUUUUGAUGAAUUCCUGGACAGAUUUAGUAUCCUAGCUCCUGUGAAGUUAGAUAAGAGUUCCAAUGAGAAAGCAGCCUGCAAGAAACUUCUGGAGACAGUUGGACUUAAAGAAUACCAGAUUGGGAAAACGAAGGUUUUCCUCAGGGCUGGGCUGAUGGCUAUAUUAGAUGCUCGGAGGACUGAGGUCUUAGGAAAAUCAGCCAGAAUUAUACAGAAGAAAUUCCGCUCCUACCGGCUCCUCAACGCUGCGAUAAAUAUGCAGGCUGUUUGCAGAGGUGAACUUGCUCGACAUAGAUUUGAGGACUUGCGCAGAAAAGAAGCUGCUGCUUUGAAGAUCCAGAGAGCGUUGCGGAUCUACCUUGAUAGGAAGGCUUACACAGAAGCUGUUAUUACAGUUCAGUCAGGUUUGCGCGGUAUGGCUUCUCGUGAUGUACUACAAAGGAAGACCAAGGCCAUAAUUGUGAUUCAGAGAUAUCGCCGUAGAUUCCUGGCCGAAUCGCACUACAAGAAGCUGAAGAAAGCAGCAAUUGCAACACAAAGUGCAUGGAGAGCAAGGCUAGCCCGUAAAGAACUGCGAGAGCUAAAGAUGGCUGCAAAGGAAACUGGAGCCCUUCAAGCUGCCAAGAGUAAGCUUGAGAAGCAAGUGGAUGAACUCACAUGGAAACUGCAGCUUGAGAAAAGCAUGAGGGUGGACGUGGAAAAAAGUAAAACACAAGAAAAUGCAAAACUGCAAUUAGCAUUGGAAGAAAUACAACUCCAGUUCAAGGAAACCAAAGCGUCUCUCUUAAAGGAAGUGGAAGCUGCGAAAAAUACAGUAAAAAUUGUUCCUGCAGUAAAAGAGGUUCCUAUUGUUAACACCGAGCUAAUGGAAAAACUCAAGAAUGAAAAUGAAAAACUCAAGUCCCUGGUAAGUUCGCUGGAGCAGAAGAUUGAUGAGACAGAGAAAAGAUUCGAGGAGACGAGCAAAAUUAGUGAGGAGAGGCUGAAGCAGGCUUUAGACGCUGAAAACAAAAUUGUGAAUUUAAAGACAGCCAUGCACAAACUCGAAGAGACAUUAGAGGAUGUGAAAUUUGAAAAUCAACUUUUGAAGCAAUCUAUCUUGACCACGCCUGUUAAGACAGCAUCAGGACGUUUCCCUACUACUAGCGAAGAAAAGCAACUCAAUGGAGCUGAGUUUACAACACCGCCAAGGAUACAAGAAUCAGGAUCUGACGCUAAGUCGAGGGGAUCCCAUAUUGAUCCUCGACAUGAGGAUGUAGAUGCCCUUAUCAACUGUGUCACAGAAAAUGUUGGAUUUAGCCAGGGGAAGCCUGUUGCGGCAUUUACCAUCUACAAAUGUCUUCUUCAUUGGAAAUCUUUUGAAGCAGAGAGAACCAAUUUGUUUGAUCGUCUUGUUCAAAUGAUUGGUUCUGCUAUUAAGGAUGAAGAUGACAACGCUAAUUUGGCAUAUUGGUUAUCCAAUACCUCGACCUUAAUGUUCAUGCUCCAACAAAGUCUCAAAUCUGGAGGAACUCCAUUUCGAAAGUCGCCUUCCUUGGUCCGAUGGAUGACCAAGGGUUUCCGUUCUCCAGCGGCUGAAGCGAUUCGCCCAGUUGACGCCAAGGAUCCAGCUUUGCAUUUCAAGCAGCAGCUUGCAGCAUAUGUUGAAAAGAUUAUUGGAAUUAUUUGGGAUAAUCUGAAAAAAGAGUUGAACACUUUCCUUACUCUCUGCAUCCAGGCACCAAAGACAUUUAAGGGGACUGGGCUAAUAUCUACAAGCACUGCUAAAUACUGGCAAGGGAUUAUUGAAGGCUUAGAUGCACUGCUAAGCACACUGAAAGAGAACUUUGUUCCUCCGGUUCUAAUCCAGAAGAUAUUCUCUCAGGCUUUCUCACUCAUUAAUGUCCAAAUAUGUAACAGCCUUGUCACGCGACCAGAUAACUGUUCAUUUAUCAAUGGAGAAUAUGUUAAAUCUGGUUUAGAAAAGUUAGAGAAAUGGUGCUCCGAAACAAAAGAAGAGUAUGCUGGCUCAUCCUGGGAUGAACUCAAACAUACCAGACAAGCUGUUGGAUUCUUGCUCAUUCAUAAGAAAUACAAAAUCUCAUACGAUGAGAUUGCAAAUGAUCUGUGUCCAAGCCUUAGAAUACAGCAGCAUUUCAAACUAUGUACUCUGUACAAAGAUGAGAUCUACAACACAAAAAGUGUUUCCCAAGAUGUCAUUUCAAGCAUGACAGGCGUUAUGACAGACAGCAGCGACUUCUUGUUAAACGAUGAUUCUAGCAACAACAUUUCCUUCUUGAUCGACGAUUUAUCUAGUUCAAUGCAAGAUAAGGAUUUUGCCCAAGUGAAACCUGCUGAGGAACUUCUGGAAAAUCCAGCUUUUGUUUUCUUACUAUAG